UCGGAGGGUAGAAGAAUCAUGAGAAAGCUAUCUGUCUGACAUGAUGUCUCGCACCGAGGCGCUCCUGUGGUUAAACCUGCUCCUGGUUCUUCAUGUCGGGGCUCAGUUCAGGCGGCAGCAGUGGCCGGUUCCCUACAGACGUUAUGAUUAUCGCCCUGAUGUGGACCCAUACUGUAAAGCUGUCUACCCUUUCUGCCCCACCGGUGACCGGGAUGGACAGAUUCCCGGAAUGAGAGAGUGGGAUGUAAUAUCAGUUUAUCGACUGCAAACUCCUGUGUGGGAAUUCAAGUAUGGAGAUUUGCUGGGGAAGUUUCAUAUCAUGCAUGAUGCUAUUGGGUUCAGCAGUUAUGAGAUGGGGACCAACUACACCAUAGAGUGGUACGAGCUCUUUCAGCUGGGUAACUGCACCUUCCCUCACAUCAGACCAGAGGUGUACCCACCCUUCUGGUGCAACCAGGGAGCAGCCUGCUUCUUUGAAGGCAUCGAUGACUUACACUGGUCCCAAAAUGGCACGUUGGAGAAAAUAGGAGAAAUCAGUGGGGCCGAGUUCAAUUACUUGUCCCAGUGGAUCCAGGAAGACAACGAGACUGGGAUCUACUAUGAGACAUGGACAGUUGUUUCUGACCCCAGUCCUAAUGCUACGGUGUGGUUUGAGUCUUAUGAUUGCUCCCAGUUUGUCCACCGCACAUACAGGAAACUCACUGACAUGGGAGCUAAACUGUCCAGCCGAUCGCAAACCAACUACACCAAGAUCUACCUGUACAGCGGAGAGCCCACCUACCUCGGCAAUGACAGCGCCAUAUUUGGACAGCCUGCGUUGAAGAAUCUGGCCAUGGACAUCCGCAACUUUUACCACACAUUCAGACCACACCAGUCAUUUAUAGACUUUGCCAUCAGUCUGUUGGAGGCUUAUAAAAAGAUUACGAUGGAAAAGAGCUUCUACCUUUACUAUAACUUUGAGUACUGGCAUCUGCCGAUGAAGCCUCCAUAUGUGCAGAUUACAUAUGACGAGGUGCCUUUGCCUUAACCGUUCACUCGGACCAAAGGGUUAACAUCCAGGGUUACAAUUAAAAAUGAUCUUCAUUAUUGAUUCAUCUGGUGUUUUCUCUUUUGGUUAUGUGAUGGUACCAUGUCAAAAUG